UCCUCAUCUCUGAGAGCGCUUCACUAUCGGUCCACUAUCGCUUACCCUGCAGUGUGAGGAUGCGUCUGAAGCUGAAGCUCCCGAACCCGGGUCUGGAUGAGCGGAUUCCCUCUCACGCCGAGCUGGAGAAGCUGGAGCUGGAGGAGGCUGGAGAACGCCCGCAGUGGGACAACAAGACCCAGUACAUGCUGACCUGUGUGGGCUUCUGUGUGGGGCUGGGGAACGUCUGGAGGUUCCCGUACCUGUGCCAGAGCCACGGAGGAGGAGCGUUCAUGAUCCCGUUCCUGAUCCUGCUGGUCCUGGAGGGAGUCCCGCUCCUGCAUCUGGAGUUUGCCAUCGGACAGAGACUGAGGAAGGGCAGCGUCGGCGUCUGGAGAUCCAUCAACCCGUAUCUCACUGGCGUCGGCAUCGCCUCUAUGCUGGUGUCCUUCAUGGUGGGCAUGUACUACAACACCAUCAUUGCCUGGGUCAUGUGGUACUUCUUCAACUCGUUCCAGGACCCUCUCCCCUGGAGCCAGUGUCCCGUCAACGAGAACCGCACAGGGUUCGUGUCUGAGUGCGCGCGCAGCUCUCCGGUGGAUUACUUCUGGUAUCGAGAGACUCUGAACACGACGCCGGUGAUCGGGGAGUCUGGAGGUCUGCAGUGGUGGAUCGUGCUGUGCUUGUUCUGCGCCUGGACUCUGCUCUGGGUCUGCUGUCUGAGAGGCAUCGAGACCACCGGGAAGGCUGUGUACGUGACGUCUACGCUACCGUACCUGGUGCUGACUAUCUUCCUCAUCAGAGGCCUGACUCUUAAAGGCUCCGUGAGCGGCAUCAAGUUCCUCUUCACUCCAGACCUGGACGAGUUGCUGAAUCCGGCGACGUGGCUGGACGCUGGAGCUCAGGUGUUUUACUCCUUCUCUCUGGCGUUUGGAGGACUCAUCUCUUUCUCCAGCUACAACUCUGUGCAUAAUAACUGUGAGCAGGACGCCGUCAUCAUCUCUGUGAUAAACGGCUUCACGUCGAUCUACGCCGCCAUCGUGAUUUACUCUAUCAUCGGCUUCAGGGCCACCGAGAGGUUCGACGACUGUCUCAACGGUAACAUCCUGGCUCUGAUGAACACGUUUGAUCUGCCAGAGGGAAACAUCACAGAGAGCAACUAUAACAGUGUUCUUCAGCAUCUCAACAACACGACACCAGCCGUCAUUCAGGAGCUCCAGCUCAAGACCUGCGACAUGCAGACCUUCCUGAGUCAGGGCGUCGAGGGAACCGGCUUGGCCUUCAUCGUGUUCACCGAGGCCAUCACCAAGAUGCCCGUCUCUCCGAUCUGGUCCGUGCUGUUCUUCAUCAUGCUCUUCUGUCUGGGACUGUCCACCAUGUUCGGGAGUGUGGAAGGCGUCGUCGCUCCGCUCCAGGACCUCAACAUCCUCCCCAAGAAGUGGCCGAAGGAGGUUUACACAGGUCUGGUGUGUCUGGUGUCGUUCGGUCUUGCGAUCAUCUUCGCUCAGGGUUCUGGGGAUUACUGGCUGGCUCUGUUCGACAGCUUUGCAGGAUCGAUUCCUCUGCUGAUCAUCGCCUUCUGUGAGAUGAUGGCCGUGUCCUACAUCUAUGGGAUUGACCGGUUCAAUGACGACAUCGAGUUCAUGAUCGGACACAAGCCCAACUUCUUCUGGCAGGCCACCUGGAGACUGAUCAGUCCGCUCAUAGUUCUGGUCAUAUUCCUGUUCUACUUGAUCACGACUGUGAGCAAAGAGCUGACCUACAUCGCCUGGGACCCGGAGUCGGACGACUUCCCUCUGCUGGCGACGCGCUCGUACCCGGACUGGAUCUACGUGAUCAUCUUCAUUCUGUCUGGCGUUCCAGCGCUGGUGAUCCCGGCCGUGGCGCUCUACAAACUCAUCAAGAGCCGGUGCUGCACGCCAGAGGACACACACACACACUCCGGCGAGCCGCUCUACUCCAUCUCUGACAAAAUACAGAUGCCCGACGAGACCGACAAACACAGACGCUGAAGACACCACACACACGAGGGAUUCAGUCUGACCUUUGACCUUUGAUACCUACUCGAGUUUACACAAGGGAUUUGCACUGACGAGACUGAGCCGUUUCAGUUUUCUGUUGUUUGUAUGUAUAUACGCAAAGUGGAGUUCACAUGUAUCUAUUUUAUUGUUUUGAAGAUACACACACCAUUACUGACAUCUAC